AAAUUACUAUUGAAGUUUGCUUAAGUUGUUACAAGUUGUUAUUAAAUUAAAAGUCAUCUAGGUUUCGAUCUACCGGACUUCGACAAAUACCGUAUAUAAAAUAUUAUUAUCAUGUCUAGUGCAUUGUGCCCAGAAAUUCCAACCCCUGGAUUUUCUUUUGAGAAUUGUAAACGUAAUGCUACACUAGCAGCAAAGGGUUUUCCAACCCCUAAAGCUACAAAAACUGGUACAACAAUUGUGGGCAUAAUCUACAAGGAUGGAGUAAUUCUUGGAGCCGAUACAAGGGCCACUGAAGAUACCACUGUGUCUGAUAAGAAUUGCCAAAAGAUUCAUUAUUUGGCACCCAAUAUGUAUUGCUGUGGUGCUGGAACUGCUGCAGAUACAGAGAUGACAACUCAAAUGAUUUCUUCACAAUUGGAACUCCAUCGUUUGUACACUGGACGUGUUGUGCCAGUAUGCACAGCCAAUCAAAUGUUGAAGCAGUAUUUGUUCCGUUAUCAAGGACAUAUUGGUGCUGCUCUUGUUUUGGGAGGUGUUGAUAGCUCUGGACCUCAUCUAUUUAGCAUUUAUCCCCAUGGAUCAACUGAUAAAUUGCCUUAUACUACUAUGGGUUCUGGAUCAUUAGCUGCAAUGGCAGUGUUUGAAUCACGCUGGGUACCCAACAUGGAUGAGGAAGCUGGUAAAAAACUGGUCAGAGAUGCCAUUGCUGCUGGUAUUUUCAAUGAUUUAGGAUCUGGUUCUAAUGUUGAUUUAUGCGUCAUUCGUAAGGAUAAAGUUGAUUAUCUCAGAACUUAUGAUGAAGCUAAUAAGAAGGGCAUCAGACAAGCUUCGUACAAGUAUCCCAAGGGUACAACUGCUAUCUUUCCCAACAAAACACAAGAAUAUAAAAUCGAAGUCACAGAAGAGACAGUGACUCCAUAUACAAUGGACACUUCAUCUUAAACUAUUUAUAUUUCUUUAUAAUUUCACAUAUUUUGUAUUCUAAAAAUACUUUUAAUUAAAAAAAUAUUGUGGUAUCAGUAAUUGAUUUGUAUGUUACUUAUAUUUCAUUGCUAAUAAAUUUCUUUUUAAUUUA